CUCUCUUGAUGAGAAUGAUCCCACCUGGGCACAGCGAUGGCCGAAAAACUGAUUAACCGUUUAUUGCUUUGGCUGGGUUUUUUGUUGAGAACAUGGACCUUGGUUACGUCGAAGAAGUGAACACAGCCACAAUCAAACAAUGAAUCUGCAGCGGGAAGCGCUAAGCAAUGGCUUAGAGACUCUCCGGCUCUCAGGGCAGUACACAGACUUCACAAUUGUUGCUGACAACAUGAAGGUGUUUCCCUGUCACAAGGCGGUCCUCGCUGCCACCUCACCGUUCUUUCAAACGAUGUUCAGCAGCGAUAUGCAGGAAGCGAUGUCCAACUCAGCCAAUCUGCCCUUUACUGAAGAAACAACCGAACGCCUCCUGCAGUUCAUUUACACAGGACGCCGAGACGUCAUCAAGACUGAGUCAGUUCCAGAAUUAUUCCACGCUGCAAACUUUCUACAACUCAGCACGCUGUCUGUCGAAUGUGAAGAUUUUCUCUCUCGUGGCAUCAGCCCUGAAAUCAGUCUGGAAAUCUGGCAAAUUGCAAAGUUAUUUGAAAUACAUCAAAUAGCAGAGGCAGCUAAAUCAAUUGUUAUUCAGAAUUUUGGAAUGUUCAUCACGACUGAUGCGAUCGGGCAGGUUGCUUUUGGGCGGUUUAAAGAUUUGUUGGGUGAAGUAUUUCUCAAUUGCAGUGGAACUGUAAAGUGUACAGCGGGAUGGGUCUGGUUUAUUGCGCAGGAAGAACCAUCAGAGCAGGAUGCACGAUCAUUGAUAUCUGUUUUACUAAAGGCACAAAACGUGGAGAACAAGGAUAUUCUCGGUGCGACGUUGCAAACUGAUGAUAGCGAUUCAGCGUUGGGGAAUGUGAACAGCGACAUUGUUAAAGAAAGGAAAAGAAUGUGGGAUGGGGCGUGCGAGUUUUAUUUUAUCAAAGAGUCUCAGCCCACAAUCAUUACAGGUCAGAUGGGUGAAACUGGAAGAGUGUCCGAGCUUUGUGAGUGGUUAGUGGUGGUUGGAGGUGCAAAUCGUGAAAAGGGUAGUUUAACAGUCCUGAAUUAUAUGAAACAAAAUUGGUAUUCAGUAGAUAAUGCUCCUCCGACUGACCUUGGUUACAGAUACGCAAUAUGUGCGCGUGGCAGUUUGCUCUACCUCAGUGGAGGUACUAAGCCAAAACAGUUCUUGUUCUUUGACGAAGAACAAGGUCGUUGGGAAAGGCUUAAUGAUCUCCCUGUAGGUAGAGAGCAACAUACAAUGGUGACGGUUGGUCAAGAUAUCUUUGUGUUGUCAGGGAUUUCAAGAGAAGAACCAGAGGCGAACUGCAGCGUUUAUAAAUACAGCACUUCAACUAUGCAAUGGCAUAAGGACCAUGGCACUAUCUCCUUUUCUGUGGCAGGAGCAAGGUCUGUUGUUAUUCGAAGGAUAAUAUAUCUUCUUGGGGGUUGCGCUGUCUCGCAGAACUCCAGUAAACCAGCGAAUUUGCCAUGUGAUAAAAUCCAGUGUUUUGACACAUCCUCGUCGAUAAGUUGGAACUUUCAAAUAUCUUUGCCGGUACCUGCUAAGUGUAACACAUUUUCCGCUGUAGUUGUUAACGAUAUCACGUUUGUAGUCCAUAAAGGUGAAGUUUAUCAAAUUUGUGAAAAAACAAAGCAUGAAAAAGUAUGUGAAAAAGUAUGCAAAAUUCCUAACACGCCAAUGAAGGGUUUUGCCGUCGCGGCAUUCGGUGACAAGCUGGUUGUUUUUGGUGGGGAGGACGGAAACUUUGAGGAGACCAGGCGCGUGCUGCAGUUCGACACGAGCACAAACACAGCUGCAGAAUUACCAAUGAAGUUGCCAAUUGGAAUGAGCAACUUCUGUUAUACAAAAAUAAUGGUGCCCGAUUCCUGGUCAUUAACGGAGAUGUCAUGAGGCUUUAAAGUCUAAGAGUACACAUGUCUUAUGCCGAGUGAUAGCGUUGGUGUGAUAACUUAAAGUAUAAGCGUGCACUUGUCCUAUGCCACGGGCAGUGGUGACGUUUGUGCCGUUGUGUCACAACGGUGAUCAAAAUUAUCCGAGUACAAUUAACGUCAGAACCUCGAACUCGAUUAUAUUGAGGAGGUACAAUCAUACUACUACUGUAAUAUGUUUUUUAUCAGCAAAUAAUAAGGUUGAUAGCCAUUGAAAAUAUGUAUAUAUAUUAAAUUGUG